UCAGCCCCCAUUGGCUUCGCUCGCUUUCCCCACCCAGUGGGACAGGAGCCGGCCCCAGCAUGAGGAGAGGGCUGGGUGCGGGCAUGGCCAGGAGCUAACCGUGCUCUGCUCUCUCUUCUCCCAGGAGCCAGAGAGAUGCGAGGGGCAAAGAGAUGUCACGCUCUGCCUGCCAUCUUCUUCCUGCUGCUCACUUCAGCCCCUGCGCCGCCAGGGGUCGAGGGCAGCAGCAGGGACCUGGAGGCGCCAGGAGGGGACAGGAGGACUCUGCUCGAUCUCCUCUUGCAAGCUAUGGGGGACAGCCAGAGCCACCAGCCCCACCACCCCCCGAGGGGGGACAGGGUGAUCGCCAGGCGCUACAGCGGCAGUGCCCUUUACUCUGCAGCUGUGGACCAAGAGCCCCGGGUGACUUCCUCUGCCUCCGCCUCCAGGGAGCGAGCAGCGGGGCAGGUGCCCCGGAUCUUCACCAGCUCCAGGCACGUAGAAAUAUUUCCAAGAGAUUCCAAUUUAAAAGACAAGUUCAUAAAACACUUUACAGGCAUACACAGAUCUGUUUCUGAAGAUUGUGUUUCAUCCAGAAGAAUGUUGGAGCAGGGGGAUUUAUAUACACGGCCAGUCUCAUUCUCAGCUGAGUGUAGCAAGCAUUUCCAUCGACUCUAUCACAACACAAGGGACUGUUCGACACCAGCAUAUUACAAAAGGUGUGCAAGAUUACUAACAAGGUUGGCAAUGAGCCCUUUGUGUACACAACCCUAGAAAAUUUGCUGUUCCUUUCUACUACAAGAGAACUCUGAUUUGCCGAGAAAGUGCCUUGAAAUCUUCCUCAAGAUAAUAGAAAAGACAUCUUGUAUCUUUUUGAUUUAACAAGCAUUGUUUUGUUACUAGAUGCAUUUUAUUUUCAUAUGUUGGACAUUCCAUAUUUGU